AUGAACAGAAAAAGAAAGGAAGUAAAUAAACAUCUGAUAAAGGAAGAUUGCCUUUUCCAACCCUAUAGCUACAGUACAGGACUUUUGAUAUUGAGGCCUGGAUUCAGAUUCUACAUCUUUGAAGCUAAAGGACGAAAGCUAGUGCCUGCAGAUUUCAAUGGUUAUUGGAAAAUGCUCAGUAAUGAGAAUUUUGAGGAGUAUUUGAAAGCUAUAGAUGUAAAUACUGUAGUGAGAAAAAUAGCCAAUAGACUCAAACCUGACAAAGAGAUUAUUCAGGUUGGAAACCAUAUGAUCAUUAAAACCCUAAACAGUUUUAAAAACUACAUCAUAGACUUCGAAAUAGGGACAGAAUUUGAAGAGGAUUUAACAGGAGUGGAUGGUCACAAAUGUAUGACAUGUGUGACAUGGGAUGGAGAUAAACUUCUUUGUGUACAGAAAGGAGAAAAAGAAGACCGUGGUUGGAGCCAAUGGAUUGAAGGAAAUGAAAUGCACUUAGUAAGGAUAUGAUUAUUUUUUAUAAUGUUAUUAAACUUUACCAGAUAAGAUAAGAUAACUUUAAAGAUAAGAAACUAAGAAAGAAUUUAAAAAACAUAGAAAAGAAAGAAAAUAAGAAUAUAACAAAUGACAAACAUCUUCUGACAUAUCAUCUCUUAACUAUAAACAGAUGCUUAAAGCCUUGUUGUCAUUCAGUCCUGAUCUAUUUUAACAUCUAAUUUAAUCUUAAUCAAAUAAACCAACUUUAUAUCUUUCCUUUUAUUUUUAACAAUCUUGAAAUAACAAUUUGAAAUAACAAUUAAGAAAUAAAAACAACAUAAAUAAAAGCUUCAGAUAAUGUCUUAGAUCUUGAUUUCAUUUUUUCUUUAUUUGUUUUCUCAAAAGUUUCAGAAAUCUCUUUUGUAAAUCCAAUAUAGAAAAGUUAUCACUCUUUUGAUCUACUUGUAUAUCCUUUUUAAUUAUUAUUAAUAUCCCAAUUUCAUUUGUAUACACAUUACAGCAUCUUUUUCCAUAUCAUUCUUGUGGCCUACCUUUUUUACAUCCACUUUCAGAUCAGUUUCUGUUUUAUCCAGUAAAACGUAUUCCAUGACAUCUUUCAAACUUGAUCUAUCUCUAAUGAAUCUCUUUGAGUCUCUUUUACAAUUAACUUCUGGGUUCAUUGUUCAAAAAUACCCGUCAGUACGUCAAAUAUUAAAGUUUCUGGCUCCAUUCUGUAUUAGUAAGUCAAAUGUAAGUAUUUUUCUUUAAUUGUGAUCUUUAGUUUUUUCUGGUUUCUCUAGUUUCUAAAGGGAUGACACAGUGGCUCAGUGGUUAAGACCUGGGCUUGUUGGCUGGAAAGCCAGCAGCCCAUGUUCAAGACCUGAGUGCCCAUGAUGAGGUGAGUUCCCAUCCCCACCUCAUCCUGCCAACAUAGCAGUUCAAAAGCAUGCACACAUAAGUAGAUAAAUAGGUACCAUUAAGGUGGAAAGGUAACAUUGCUCCAUGAUCUCAUGCUAAUUACAUGACUAUGGAAACAUCUUUGGACAGCAUUGGCUCAAUGGCCAAUGGAGAUGGCAGAUGAGCACUGCCCUCGAUAGGGCUCUUUUAAGGUUGCUGUUAUUUUUCUACCAAAAUAAUACCUAUUUAUCUAAAGCACUUAAAUUUAUAUUUAAAAUGUGUUGUACUUUUUGAAUCAAUUCUUUUGCUAUUGAAGGAAACUCCCCAGUGUGGUCUGAAAUUUAUCAGUCCACAGAUUCCUAUCAGCUGAAAAGCAAUUAACAAGCAAUUUCCAAAAAUGAUUAGAAAAGGAAGUAUGUAAAUCGGGUGUCCAUAAAGACACUGGCCACAUUCAAGCAAAGGUGGCUUUAUCUAAGCCAGUAGGAAAGUGCUGCCUUGAGGAGCAACUGUUUGGAGAAUUUGUGGGUGAUCUCAAGUUCUCUCCAUAUCCGGCUAGUUGUAGUAUUCAGUGCUCAGUCAUUGCAGGGUGCAAAUAUGGCUGACCGCCUUCGCAGCAUUUAUUCUUUUAUAGAGUUUUCCAAGCAGCAAAAUUUUAACAUGGCAAUAGCGUAGCAAUAACAUUUCAUUGGUUAAACUCCUUACCAAUCCUUAAGAAGAUAUCAGCCAGGAGGCCCAGCCAGGGAGCAGUUUCUAACACAUCCUGUUGAUGUAACCUGGCUGAUAUCAUGUGAACCAGGUGAUAUCAUUGUAUCAGCCUGGGGUAGUUUCCCACAUUGCCAUGGUGAUGUGAAUGGAUGAGAUCAUGUAGAGAGAAGAGGCAUGCAGGUGUUGGAAGGGCAGUUUGCUGCUCACGACCUCUACCUGGCCCUUAUCUCUACAUCUCACUCUUUUUUGUUUUUUUAGAUGAAAUAUCGUCAUAAGAAGGGUUAAUAAAAGGAUUAUAAUCAGGUGAGGAGCAUCCUUGCAGUUGUUUAUACAGGGCAUAAACCUGACCCUGAGGCAAUGUGGGAGAAAAUUUGGGGCUAAAAGCUCUGAUACAUAUAUUGCAAAAGGAAGGAAUACAUUGCACAAAACAGCACCCACCAAGAUCCUAAAGUAUCAAUUUUCAAAUCAGAGGCCAAAUUGUGUAAAAUAUUAAUCUGGUGCUGGAUGGUUCGUGAAUUAUCAGAAAUAUUGAAACAACACAUCCUCUCAAAACUUUCACAACCCAAAUGCUGACGCAGAAGCAAAUAAUCGAUAGCAGCGCAAUUUUGCAAAAUAACUUUUCUCAUAUCUUGUAGCUCAUGGUUGAUUGCUGAAAUAGCUGAAGAAGUAGCAUUAAUUGUUUUUGCUAAAUUACAUGCAAUAGCAUUAAUGCUGAGGUGAGCACGAACAGCAAGUCCUGGUACAUCCACUAGAGACAGAGACAAUGCUACAUAUUCUGCUUUAUUAAGUAAGGUUGUCUCAGAGUCACAAGUGCUGUCUAGCGUGACCCCACAUCAAGAACAGUUCGAGUGAACUUGUUGUUUGGAAAGCAAAACAGGAAUUAGCUGGCUGAGGCAACACUGCAAUUCACUAAUAUUAGCAGGAAUAUAAUUAAAAGUUUCUUGAUCCCAUGUAAAAAACCCUCCUUGCGGUAGCCAAACAUGUCCAAAAUAAAAGGAAGUCUCUUCAAAAGCUGUGCAGUUUAAAACAGGUGAGCUAAUGCGAUGACAGUGAGGUUUUUUACUUGAAGAAGUACAAUUAACUAUUUUUGCACAUGUUAUAUUUGCAGGGAUAGCUACCACUGGGGUGUGCAAAGCAAUAGCAUCAGGGUGGAUAAUAAGCAGUAACCCCCCAGCUAGAUAUAGCCUUAUAGUUAAAGUUCCCAUUGAAUAAAAUUCUGCUCAAGCCAGUAAAGUUUGAAUUACUGCAGAAGCGGUACAAACAGGGACUAAACAUGUAGAAAGCAAAUUUUCCAUGUCAUACGUUUCAGAUAAGCAAAAGACAUCAUUUUGUGUGAUGUUAGCCAUCUGCACCCAUAGAUUUUGCUUCAUGCAUUGCUCGAAUGAUUGUUUGGGUGGGAUGACAGCUGUUGUUGUCAAAGGGCAGAUGAUAACAAUCAGACACAAACAAAUGAUGGCUAAGGAAUUUGCAGUUAAAAUCGCAAAAAUGGCAGUGCACAGGUUCUCGGGGAUUUGCUCUACUUGUUGCUGCUGCAGCACUGCCUGUGCUUUGGCGGUCAAGUUCUUUACAUCUCCCCAUGUCACUGGCCGACUGGCAUGCCGGGAUCGGAUUGGUUGCUGUGCCAUCUGUAGAAUCACCCUUGCCAUUUCUGGGACCAGAUCCAGGACUGGUGCUACAACAUCCCUGCUGGGUGAACGUAAUGUGCUGGAAUCCACAAAGGUACUGUAGGAAUAAGCGCAGCAGCAUAGCCUCGCCCCCAAGUGAUCAGAGAGACCAGUCCCAACCAUGCUUUGUCUGGUAAAGCCCGAUAAUAUACCAGAGGCGGAGGCAAGCUUGUUUUCUGUUGAAAGUGUCUCUGAUAAGUGGUGGA